AUGGUAUACUGUCUUCCUUUUUCUAGGAUAUCAAACUUGGAUUCUCCUGUAAAAAAAUCUAAAGAAGAAAACAUUCUUGGAAAUUCAGUAUACGAUAACAUUCAGAGGCUUACCAGUAAGAAUAAAACAUUAAAGGAGAAGUAUAUGAAAUUGUUAUCCAAUAUUUUGCACAACCACAGUGAAGCCCAAUUUCACUUUGAAAAUAUAAUUAAUAAGAAUUCUGGUAGUAAUGUGGUAUGUGAAGACUUUCAAAAGCUUGUGGAACCUUUACGUACAGAAGUGUUUCAUGUUGAAAAGAUUUUGAAAAGGCUCAAUACUGAAGCAGCAAGAGUCCUUGAAGGUUACCAAGCUUACCCUUUUGGAGAAGAGAAGACUGUGACAGUGGAUCCACAGAAAUUAGGAAGUGCUCAAAGAGCAGAUGUAGGACUUUCCUCAGAAUAUUUGAAACAACAGCAGCCAGUGACAGUUGAACAGAUAGGUGCCUCAUUGAAUAUACUCAAGACAGAAAUAGAAAAAGUUCAAGCUGUUCUAGCUUCUCUGUCAAGGGGAGAAACUCUACAAACAAAACUGCUUUGUCAAAAAGCAACUUUAGAAAGACAAGGAUUUUCAGAAGAUGGAACUGGAAAAAGUCUUUGUUGGAGAAGUUCAGAUAAUGCAGAAUAUAUUGCCAAUGAAAAUAGAAAUGACAGGAUUUCUGCAGUUUCUACCAGCAAGACUUCUAGCCGCCUGGAUCAUUUACAUCCAUUAACUUAUUCAUGUCCCAUACUACCAAGUGAAACUUCUCUUGUUACAAAGUCAACCCAGACAGAACCAUUAGUUACCAGUUUAAAUGAAAAUUUUGGAACUGCUUUAACGUAUAAUGUUCCAGUGCCUAAUAAGAUGUGCCAAAAUGAGUAUUUGAAUCAGAGAAUUAGCACUUGCACAUUUCCUGAGAAGGAACUUCAACAUCCUCAUGUUCCUACUAUAGGAAUUUUGCAUAAUACUGAUGCACAAGAGGGAAAGUUUUCUCCUGUUUCACCAUUUGUUUACAGGAACCGAAGUUUUAGCUUCAUUUCAGCUAUUAAAGAAGGCAAUAAUGAUAUAUCAUGUUGCGAAGAGGCAACUAGUACUGAAAAAUUAGAAUGUGAUACGACUUCAAUAAAACCCUCUCAUGAACCUCAAAAAUUCCAAUCAGUUCCAGUAAAAUUAGAUGAUGUGAAAUGGUUUCGACAUCCUAAAGAAAACAAUGAGUCAUUACCCGGAGAAGCUAGUACUUGUUCUCCUAGCAAAUUGGAGAAAAGAAGUUACGAAACAGCAAGUAAAACUGUAUAUUCACCACAACCCCAGAGUAUGAAUGUGAGCAGAACUGUGGAAGAAUUCAGCCAGAAGUUGCCAGCACCAGAAGAAACACCUCUUGCAGAAAAUACCUGUGGUUAUGAAAAUGGAAAAAGACCCCUUCCACCAAAUGGGACACUCACGCUUAAUACAGCCAACAAAAAUAGUGCAAUUUUUUCUCUAUUUUCAUCUUCAACAGAAUUAUGUCGGGCUAUAGUUCACUGUGCUAGUUCUCAAAAUACUACAAACAUUGAGGAGAAGUGCAUUCAGAAAACUCAGCCACCCCCUUAUAGACAACCUCCUCUCACUUCAAAAGUCUCUACUGUUCCAAAGUCUACUUUAUUACCAGUUUUUACUAACAAAAGUGAUACAGUAUCACCCAUUGAUAGUCCACCAGAUGGUAUAAGUGUUUUUAAUAUACAGGACAACGUACCUCCCAUGCCUGUGUCUCAGCGAUCAAGAAGGCGUUCAUUGGAAAGACAGAGUUCUAUCCCAAGUGAUUUAGCUACAGCUUUUCCAAAAUUGUUGAUGCUUGCUGCUUUGAGUGAACAAAGUGAACAAGUUUCUUCGUGUGAAGAGUAUGGUGAUUCUCACAAGUCUACGCCACACCAAAGUAUGGAAGAAGAUCCUGCAGAAUCCAUAGAACAUAGAGAUAAAGAUCAUUCAACUCUAACAACAAAUAUAAUCAAUAAUAGAUUAACAGAAGUUCAAAGGGAAGGUACAUCAAAGUGUGUAAGAACAGAAAGACAGGGCGAUAGAAAAUCAGAAGUUGGAACAGGCAAAGUUCAAGAAACCAUCAGACAGGAUACGAAAGAUUCAACAAGAGGAAAGAACUCAGUUUUUGUACAACAAAUGCCAAGAGUGGAAAUUAAUAUGGUUCCUAGUGAAGUACUAAGUACAAUAUCAGAUGAAGAAGAAUUUGAAGAUGAACAACAAAACAAUAAAAAAGAAAACAUUACUUUGGAGCCUAAAAAGAAAGAUAAUAUCAUGACUGGAAAAGCCAUAGAAAAAUAUAGCCCAGGGAGUUGUGCACAAGACCAGGAAAAACAAGAAAGGGUUGUAUCCUCGCUCAUUUCAGAAAAAUGGAAGAAAAGAGACAGUUUGUCCAAAAACAAGAACCUGAUUCCUGAACUGAUGGAAACAUCAGAAACAGAGUCAGCUAAAGGAAGUGCAAGUGGUAGUAUGGAGAGUGAAGCUGCUGACCUUCCUGGCUUAGAUAUAGUAAUUCCACCAACAGCAACCAGUGAUUCUGCAUUCCCCAGUAUUCCUGACAGUUUCUUAAGACGUAUAGGACUGCAUAAGGAUUGCCCUUACAGCAAUGAACAACUCACUGAACAGGAAGUAGAGAGUAAGUUUGGAAGCCUGUCACUAGCAUUUAAAACAGACAAACUGACUUUAAGCAAAAGGCUAGAGCUUCAUCAACGGCAGAGGAAUACUGCAGAGAAAAACAUUGAAAAUGAAAUUAAGGCUUUGAAAGAAUCUUUAAAUGUUAUAAGUCAACUAAGUACUAAUCAUCAAGUGCGAGAGUUGAUCACAAGCAUUAAACAACAAGUAGAUGUUCUCCAACAGUCUACCUCUAGAGUAUCCUGUCGAGCUGAAGUUUAUGGUGCUGUUCAGCAGGAAGAAAGAGUGAAUCGUGCAUUUGACGUUAUGGUUAUGUAUGUAGAAAAUAUGAAGCGAAUAUAUGAAAAAGAACACCAUGAACUGGAAGAAACCCGACGUUUGUUGAUGGAAAAUCAUCUUGUCCCUGUUGAUAGUGAAUCAGCUGGAGAAGAUAGCAGAGUACACAAAUCACGACGUUACUUGACUGUUUCAAAUGUCCCAAAAUUUGACAGUCAUAAAAAGGCACCUCGAUUAGCUCCUUACUCUGUCCACCUUCAAGCUGUUAAAGAGAUUUCUAGAAGAGCCAGUGUAGCAAUGUUUCACAGAACAUCUUUCUUUGAGCGAUAUCUAAGUCCUUUACUUCCCAGUGGCAGUUUUAUUAUGGAUAGUCAAAGUCAUCCUUUGGGUUCAGUUGCCUCUGCCAGUGGUAAUGUAGGAUCAGCAAGCAUUAGUAACUUCAACAGUAAGCUAACUUUUUCAGUUGUACCAUCUUUUCCUUCUACCGCUAAGAGUAAAUGGUGCUCUUUUCCCAUAGUUCCCCCAUUAUGUCUCAACAAGCCCCCUGCAUCACUCUCUCUGCCUUUCAAACUAGUGGAUAAUAUCAGUGAAGAAACCGAGCUCAAAGUAAAAGAUAAAGAAAGUUGUAAAAAUUCAUCCAAAACUGAACAAAGGGAGGGAACUGGCAAUAAAGGAAAAAGUGAAUGUGAUAACACACAAAGAAUGCAAGAGGACAGCAGAGGUUCUUUGAAUGUUUUACAGAUCCCUGAGGUAUCAGAUAUUGAAAGAGAAACUGUGGUUCCUUGUCUAUGUUAUGAAGAACCAGAAAUCAUUGAUAACAUUAGCAGAAGAGAAAUAAUGGAACACUGGGCUGUCAAAAACAGAACAUUAGAUGAAAAUACAUCUUGCAUAGGUAAAAUCUACAAUAAAUUGAUGAACCUAGACAGUGCUACUUUACGAGAAAGGUCCCGCUUUGGAUUGAGUGUCGUCUUGGUAAUUGCUGGAAUCCUCAGUCUUCUUGUGACAUUUUUACCAUGCCAAGCUAUAGCAAGUACUUACCAAAUGUACCCUAUUUCAGUAGAGGAGAUUGUUGAAAUCUUAUUUGCCCCUUAUUUAACCCUAGAGUCCCCCAAAAAUAUAAUUUAACAGUAACUUUCUUUCAUUGUUAGACAAGUAGAGUAGCAGUGUACUAUUAUAUAAUGUAAAUAAUAGGCAGAUUUAGCAAACAGGAAAUGUUUUGUUGCCAUAACCGUUUAUUUCAGAUCACUUAUUUUUUUUAUGCAUAUUAAUGAAACAUAAUGUGGAGAAAUAAUACAGAUUAAACAGAAUUUAGUUAUUUCUAUAAGAAAUACUGAGUAAAAGUAGUAUUUAAAAACAUUAUUUAACUUUUAAUAAACUGAAAGUUAUAGCGUAAUGAAUGUAUUAAAUGCUUCGUGGUGACUACAAAUUGCUAGCUGUCAGCAGUUAUUUUUUAUUAUAGUGUAUUUUAUUGAAAUGUUUUAAUGUGCAUUUUAAGUUGUAUGACAUCAUCAGCGUAAUGUAUAUAGUAGUUAUUUUUUAGUGUUAUGUAUUUAACUGCAACAAAGUAAUACACACACACACAAGUACAUGAUUCUAAUAAAUGACAAAUCUACCAGUGUCAUAUCCUAGUAAAAUUAAAAUGUAUUAUACUUCUAUUUUUGUAAGUUUGAAAAUCUAAUGCUGUAACAAACAUUAUCCUUGUGGACUGUUUAAAUCUAUUAUACUUUUAUAUAGUACGCUGACAUGUAAUCUUGUCAGUAUGAGAAGAAAACAUUUUUCCAAAAGUAACGUCACAGGUUAGAUUAUAUUUUAUUUGAAGCAUUUAUUUUGCUUUUUAUAUAUGUAAUAUAUUUGUGUCAUAAGUUUUCAGUCUUCAGAAGUAUCAAUUAUAACAUAGCACGACCAGCUACCAGUUGGAUUUUUUUUUCGUACGUAAGUCCUAAAAAUAUACAAUAUGUUUAUGAAAUAUUCCUAACCAUCAUUAAGUCCCAAGAAUAGUUACUACGAUCCAGGGGUUCCUAAAAUUAUUAACUUAAUACUAUUUGCAAAGAAACAUUUUAUGGUUAUUUAAAAAUUUGGUAAGUACAUGCUAAAUUACUAACGAUUAAAUACAAGAAACUUGAGCUGAUGCAGUGUCAUUGCAGCUUUGUCACCUCUUUUUUUUUUAUUGUUAUUUUUUUUAUUGUUAUUUUUUUGGCCUGUUCGAAUGUUAAUAUGAAUAUAAGAUUUAUUUUGUAUAAGUAAUACUGUUAUACAUUCCUAUAUACCAUCUGGUAACAUGUUUGGUGUACUGUUUCAAAAAAGGGCACAAAUUUGGACUCUUAAAGAGUAUGAAGGUGGAAUUGGAUAUUUAUGUAGUGACUAUAUUGCAAAACUGUUUACAUCUCUGUUGUAACCCACAAUCUAAGUAAACUGUUAAAUCUUUUAUCAAUCUA